CCUAAUGCGUAUGAGAAGAGGUGGCGCCGUUGAUAAUUUUGAGCAAAUAGUCAUUAAUCCAUGUUAUAAAGUUCUCUUUGCUGUGUAUGUUUGUAUAUUUUCAAAAAUUAACAACGAAGUUGUCGGGGUGCCCUGUUUCAAAAGUAAGGAAGAUCAUCAAUGUCUGAAGAACUGACGUAAGCUUAGCUAGUUUUGGCUUGCCUUGACUCGAGAUUCCGCUCAUCGACGAACGGACCGCACUCAAGCACCCUGGCCUGAGCUGAUCCCGAGGUUUCGGGGUGAUCGCUCUCAUAGCUCCCGCUGGGCAUCGGCGCGGCGCUAGUGUUGGAAUCUGAACAAGAUGGUCUUCGAGGUUGUUCUUGAUCAUGUCUACAAAUUUCCGCUAGAUCUUGUGAUCAACACCCAUCUGACCAAGUAUCCAAACAAAAAGCUGGAUGUCCUAGAAGUAAGACUAGAGGAAUAUCGUCAUGAUCCUAAAGAUGAUGUGGAGUAUUGGAAAAGAGUCAUGGUUUGCAGAAACAUCAUGCCAUCAAUCCUCAAAAUGAUACCGGUCUUCAAUAAAGCUGCCAUCCUGUUGGAAGAAGAAUGCUGGUAUGACCACAAGCAGGAGACGCUGAAGAUAAAGAGCAGGAACGUCACAUGGUAUGAAUACGCACAGGCUUGGGAGGAAUCACAACUACAAAGGAGCAAGGACUCGCGCCAUUGGACAGUGAUGUCUCAAAGAGGAGGAAUGGAUGUGAAGGUGUUUGGAGCCUUGGGGCAUGUUGCUGAACUCUUUCUACAUGGUGCGGCCAAGAGGAACGGAAUGAGGGCUAUCAAGAACAUGGAAGAUUUAAUGAUUGCAAGAAGUGGAGCUAAGGACACAGGGAACCUUCCAGCAACAUCCUGACUUACAAGGAGAGAAAGACAAGUGCAAUAGAGGAGAAAAAUAACGUCCAUGAAAUCUCAGGAAUUAUUUGCCCGACGGCAGGUGUUGUCAAUCACCAGGAUAAUCCUUCAGUCUUAUGACCAACCAGCCUUUAUGCUCUGCAUUUUUCGUUUAAUAUUUCCCUCACCCAAAGGCUCUCUGAGAGACUAGGGGGUAUGUCUUGUUGGGACUAUGGGUUUGCUGUGUGCAAGACUUGUACACCCAUAAAUGGUAUUUCCACCAAGUCCGGCGUCAGCGAAUUAUUAAUUCCUGUACAUAGAAACUGACAACCAUCUCACUUUAUUAAAAGAGUAUGACUUUUAGGGUUAAUCAAAAUUUCCUUCAGUGACAAUUGCUCCAGGACUUAAUAGGUUGAAAGUAAUUUGAAGGGUUGGGAGUAGGUUUGUGUUUAGGGUUAGCUGGUUUAUUACUGUAGGGUCGUGGAUUGAAGUCUGGAAUUGUUCUCGGUAGAAAAUUACUGCGGAGCAAUUGUUGCAGGAGCAGGAGAUGUUUUUGCCAUUUUUAAGUUGUCAAUAAUUUGGGUGAUGAUGAUGCAAUCUUGAACUCCCAUCCAUUUGCAUGUGAGGGAUUGUUCAGUUGAUAUAAUAGCAAUCACAACGCAAAGAAUGUAAUAACUGAUUUAAAGAGCCCCCCCCCCCCCC